GUGCAACGUGUUCUCAUUAACUUAUGUGAAACUGUUGUUAAUUAAUUUAAUAAUAACUUUUGAGGGUGGCUUUACAAAAUGAUUACAAUCAUCCUCGAAUUUUCAUUAAAAUCAAGUUAAUUUUCUUUCCCGUACUUUGGAAUUUUGAAUCGAUCGCAUCUGAUUGAAAAACACCGAAGGAUAUGUAUCGCAAGGAGUAUGUCGUUCUGCUCUUAUUGUCGUUUGCAGUUUAUUGCCUAUGCAACAAUAACAUUAAGGUGAACUUUCGUGAAAAGGAGAAACAAGUUCUGGAUCAAAUUUUAGGUCCAGGUCGUUACGAUGCUCGUAUACGACCGUCUGGUGUAAAUGGAACAGGUGACGGCCCAACCAUUGUAAACAUCAACUUCUUUCUCCGUUCAAUCAGCAAAAUUGACGAUUACAAAAUGGAAUAUAGCGUACAAUUAACGUUUCGUGAGCAAUGGCUUGAUGAACGAUUAAAAUUCGAUGAUUUUGGAGGCAGAUUAAAGUAUUUAACAUUGACGGAAGCGAGUCGUGUAUGGAUGCCCGAUUUGUUUUUCUCAAAUGAGAAAGAAGGACAUUUCCAUAACAUCAUCAUGCCCAAUGUGUAUAUACGAAUAUUUCCAUAUGGUUCGGUACUUUAUAGUAUCAGAAUAUCAUUAACACUCUCAUGCCCAAUGAACUUAAAAUUAUACCCAUUAGAUCGACAAGUGUGUUCCUUAAAAAUGGCCAGUUAUGGCUGGACCACAGACGAUUUAAUAUUUUUAUGGAAAGCAGAUGAUCCCGUACAAGUUGUGAAAAAUUUACAUUUACCACGAUUCACGUUAGAGAAAUUUUUAACCGAUUACUGUAACAGUAAAACAAAUACUGGUGAAUACAGUUGUUUAAAAGUUGAUUUACUUUUUAAACGUGAAUUCUCAUAUUAUUUAAUUCAAAUUUACAUACCGUGUUGUAUGUUGGUCAUUGUUUCCUGGGUCUCAUUCUGGUUGGAUCAAGGUGCAGUUCCGGCCCGAGUAUCCUUAGGUGUGACUACGUUGCUAACAAUGGCAACCCAAACUUCGGGUAUAAACGCUUCAUUACCACCCGUAUCAUACACAAAAGCUAUUGAUGUAUGGACUGGCAUAUGUUUAACAUUUGUGUUUGGAGCGCUACUAGAAUUUGCGCUGGUAAAUUAUGCUUCACGAUCGGACAUGCAUCGUGAAAAUUUAAAGAAACAACGACGCGAAAUGGAACAUCAAGCGUCUCUGGAUGCAACUUCUGAUUUGAUGGAAACUGAUAGUAACACCACAUUUGCUAUGAAGCCACUAGUUAGACAUCCUGGGGAUCCCAUCAAUAUGGAAAAACGUGGCCCAUAUGAAUUCCAUCACGAUAAUAUAAAUGAGAUAACAAUGCAACAACAACAGCGCCAUUGUUGUCGAACAUGGCUCAGUAAGUUCCCAACACGAUCAAAGCGAAUUGAUGUUAUAUCUCGAAUUGUAUUUCCAUUAGUAUUUGCAUUAUUUAAUCUCGUCUAUUGGUCUACUUAUCUAUUUCGCGAAGAAGCUUAAAUAAAGACUUGAUUACUCAGUAUAAACCGAUAUUUUUGGUUUGUAGGUCUUAUUUAUCUCGAGCAUAUUUUUCGUGGAGAAAUAUGCUUUAAAUAAAUUUGCAGUGAUCCCUCACUAAUCCAACAUAUAUCAGGCCACUAACGGGAUUCACUAACUCUUUUUUAGUUCCCUAUUUAAAGGGCAAAACAUUUCUGGUCGAAUAAGAUUUCGCAGGAUUUCGAAAGAACAAAAAAAUGAUGUACGAAUCUUAUCUUGAGAUUUACGAAUUGGAUUGGGGAAUAAUUUUUGACUCCUUUAAUUAAAACUAGCAAAAUUCCUCACCCUGAUAAAAAAAGUCUGAUUAAUGUAUCGGAAAUUUCCAAUUCAACCAAUCGGAAUGAAUAGGAUUGAAUGGAAAAAAAAUUUCCAAUUUAUUCUCAUCGAAACCAAUUAAAAUUUUGAAUCGAAAUUUAAUUGAAAUGAAUCGGAUAUAAUUGGGAAUAAAAUUUCCAAUUCCUUCCGAUUGUAUUCCGAUUCAAUCCAAUAGAACUAUUCGGAAAUUUCCAAUUGGUUCCAAUACAUGAAUGGGAUCGAAUUGAAAAUUUCAUAUUAGAUUAUUUUGGAUUGAACCGGAAUUCAAUCAGAAUGAUUUGGAAAUUUGAAUCGGAAUUGAAUCGGACUUUUUUUAUCAGGGCAGUAAUAGAUUACGAUAGUUCCUGGUUCCUGGUUUUCAGGAACAAUUUCCAGAUAUUAAUAGUUAGUGAAUUCCUUUCCGGUCGUAUAUCAAAUA